AGGAGAGUCAGAUCAUGGUCUCUUGCCAGUACAUAAAGAUCUUAAGCAGCAUGACAUUAGAACCAAUUUUUCAACCUCCUCUCAUAGGCUUUUAGCUUAGACAGGGUUUCAAACAAAAAGAGUGGAUGAAAAAUGCUUUCAUCUUCUUCUUCCACUAUUCCACUCCUUGUUUUCGUUUUUAUUUCUUUAUGCAGCACAGAAGCCCUGGUAAAGCUACCGGACAAUGAAAAAGUUCCAGCAGUGAUAGUUUUCGGAGAUUCGAUCGUGGACCCUGGCAAUAACAACAAUCUUGUUACUGUGGCUAAGUGCAAUUUUCCACCCUAUGGGCGGGACUUCAUUGGCGGAAUUCCAACCGGAAGAUUUAGCAAUGGCAAAAUUCCUUCCGACUUCAUUGCCGAAGAAUUGGGAAUCAAAAAGUUACUGCCGGCAUACUUAGACCCAACUCUUCAACCUAGUGAUCUCCUCACUGGAGUAAGCUUCGCUUCAGGCGCUUCAGGAUAUGACCCUCUAACACCUAAGAUUCCGUCAGUUUUUUCACUGUCGGAUCAACUAGAAAUGUUCAAAGAGUACAUAGGAAAGCUGAAAGGCAUGGUUGGAGAAGAAAGAACAAACACCAUUCUAAGCAAAAGCCUAUUUUUCGUGGUACAAGGCAGUAAUGACAUUACCUCUACAUAUUUCAACAUACGCAGAGGGCAGUAUGAUUUUGCUUCUUAUGCAGAUCUUCUGGUAAUCUGGGCUUCUUCUUUCUUUAAGGAAUUGUAUGGAUUGGGGGCACGAAGAAUAGGUGUUUUCAGUGCACCUCCGUUAGGGUGCCUGCCAUCACAGAGAAGCUUAGCAGGAGGGAUACAAAGAGAGUGUGUAGAGAAGUACAACGAAGCAUCCCAGUUAUUCAACACUAAGCUCUCAUCUGGAUUGGAUUCUCUCAACACCAACUUUCCCCUUGCAAAGUUUGUGUAUGUUGAUAUCUACAACCCCUUGCUUGAUAUCAUCCAAAACCCUCAAAAAUCAGGAUUUGAAGUAGUGAAUAAAGGAUGCUGUGGCACGGGGUUAAUAGAGGUUUCAGUGCUAUGUGACCAAUUGAAUCCGUUUACUUGCAAUGAUGCGACCAAGUAUGUAUUUUGGGACAGCUAUCAUCCUACAGAACGAGCGUACAAGACUAUAAUUGGUGAGAUCUUCCAGGGAUAUGUGGAUAGCCUUAGACAGGGUUCCAAACCCAAGGAGCGGAUGAAAAUGCUUUCUUCUUCUCCUUCUUCUUCCACUAUUCCACUCUUUGUUUCCGUUUUUAUUAUUUUAUGCAGCACAGAAGCCCUGGUAAAGCUACCAGAUAAUGAAACAGUUCCAGCUCUGAUAGUUUUCGGAGAUUCGAUAGUGGACCCUGGCAAUAACAACGAUCUUGUUAGCGUGGCUAAGUGCAAUUUUCCACCCUAUGGGAGGGACUUCAUUGGGGGAAUUCCGACCGGAAGAUUUAGCAAUGGCAAAAUUCCUUCCGACUUCAUUGCCGAAGAAUUGGGAAUCAAAAAGCUAUUGCCGGCAUAUUUAGACCCAGCUCUUCAGCCUAGCGAUCUCCUCACUGGAGUAAGCUUCGCUUCAGGUGCUUCAGGAUAUGACCCUCUAACACCUAAGAUUUCGUCGGUUUUUUCACUGUCGGAUCAAUUAGAACAGUUCAAAGAGUAUAUAGGAAAGUUGACAGCCAUGGUUGGAGAACAAAGAACAAACACCAUUUUAAGCAAAAGCCUAUUUUUAGUGGUACAAAGCAGUAACGACAUUGCCACUACAUAUUUCGACAUACGGAAAGUGCAGUAUGAUUUUGCUUCUUAUGCAGAUCUUCUGGUAACCUGGGCUUCUUCUUUCUUUAAGGAAUUGUAUGGAUUGGGGGCACGAAGAAUAGCUGUUUUCAGUGCACCUCCGUUAGGAUGCCUGCCAUCACAGAGAAGCUUAGCAGCAGGGAUAGAAAGAGAGUGUGUAGAGAAGUACAACGAAGCAUCCAAGUUAUUCAACACUAAGCUCUCAUCUGGAUUGGAUUCUCUCAACACCAACUUUCCCCUUGCAAAGUUUGUGUAUGUUGAUAUUUAUAACCCCUUGCUUGAUAUCAUCCAAAACCCUCAAAAAUCAGGAUUUGAAGUAGUGAAUAAAGGAUGCUGUGGCACGGGGCUAAUAGAGGUAGCAGUGCUAUGUAACCAAUUUAAUCCGUUUACUUGUAAUGAUGUUACCAAGUAUGUAUUUUGGGACAGUUAUCAUCCAACUGAACGAUUGUACAAGAUUCUAAUUGGUGAGAUCAUCCAGGAAUACGUGGAUAGCUUCUUCUGAUCAGACUCAUUUCUCUUUCAUCAACAACCCACAUGCCAACCUCAUCCACUGCCUUAAUUAUUUGUAGUGGUGAAAUUGAAUACUAUCCUCCUGUCUUUGUGAUAAUCUUGUGUAUCAAUCCCAGUACAACAUAUUCAAACACCCAAAGUAAUUUCAUGGGAAGAAAACCAAAUGGAAUGUGUUGUAAUGGAAAGGUUGCCUACUUUCUAUUUUGAAUCACCUGAUCAUCAGCUCUAUGCCCAGAAGAAAUUUUGAACCAGGGUACAUAUUUGGUAAACUUGUCAAACUUGCAAGUUUGAGAUCUUAGCUUUGUAAAAUAUUUUUAUGCAGAACCAAUUAAUGUUUUACAUGUGGGGGUUGUAUUGCUGAUAUUAAAUUAUCAUAAUAUCUUAGUCUC